AUGGCCGCGCGGGGGGCCGCGCUGAGGGCCUCGCUCGCGGCCGCCCGUGCCCGGUCGGCGCCGCUGGGCCACCGCCCGCCGCACGCGCCCUGCUCCGCGUCGGCCGCCGCCCGCGGCGCUGCCAUGGAGCCGGCGCCCCGCUGGCUGGCGGGGCUGCGCUUCGACAACCGCGCCCUGCGCGCGCUGCCCGUGGAGACGCCGCCGGCCGGGCCCGAGGGCGCCCCGUCCUCGCCGCGGCCGGUGCCCGGGGCCUGCUUCAGCCGCGUGCGGCCCGCGCCGCUGCGCCAGCCGCGCCUCGUGGCGCUGUCGGAGCCGGCGCUGGCGCUGCUGGGCCUGGGCGCGCCGCCCGCCGACGCCGCCGCCCGCGAGGCACGCGAGGCCGAGGCCGCGCUCUUCUUCAGCGGCAACGCGCUGCUGCCGGGCGCCGAGCCCGCCGCGCACUGCUACUGCGGCCACCAGUUCGGCCAGUUCGCCGGGCAGCUGGGCGACGGCGCCGCCAUGUACCUGGGCGAGGUGUGCACGGCCGCGGGCGAGCGCUGGGAGCUGCAGCUCAAGGGCGCGGGCCCCACGCCCUUCUCCAGACAGGCCGACGGCCGCAAGGUCCUGCGGUCAAGCAUCCGCGAGUUCCUGUGCAGCGAAGCUAUGUUCCACCUGGGCAUCCCCACCACACGGGCCGGGGCCUGCGUCACGUCCCAGUCCAUGGUCGCCCGCGACGUGUUCUACGAUGGCAAUCCCAAGUACGAGAAGUGCACGGUCGUGCUGCGGAUAGCUUCCACUUUCCUGAGGUUCGGAUCCUUUGAGAUCUUUAAGUCCGCAGAUGAGCACACAGGGCGCGAGGGCCCCAGCGUGGGGCGAGACGACAUCCGGGCGCAAAUGCUCGACUAUGUGAUCAGCUCGUUUUAUCCCGAGAUCCAGGCGGCGCACGCCGAGGACCGCGCGCAGAGGAACGCCGCCUUCUUCCGGGAGGUGACCCGCCGCACGGCCCGGAUGGUGGCGGAGUGGCAGUGUGUGGGCUUCUGCCACGGCGUGCUCAACACGGACAACAUGAGCAUUGUGGGGCUCACCAUCGACUACGGGCCCUUCGGCUUCCUGGACAGGUACGACCCCAACCACGUGUGCAAUGCCUCGGACAGCGCCGGGCGCUACGCGUACAGCAAGCAGCCCGAGGUCUGCAGGUGGAACCUGCAGAAGCUGGCAGAGGCGCUGGAGCCCGAGCUGCCCCGCGAGCAGGGGGAGGCCAUCCUGGCCGAGUUCGACGCCGAGUUCCGCUGCCACUACCUGCAGAAGAUGCGCAGGAAGCUGGGCCUGGUGCGCACGGAGCUGCCCGACGACGGGGCGCUGGUGGCCAGGCUCCUGGAGACCAUGCACCUGACCGGGGCCGACUUCACAAAUACCUUCUACUUGCUGAGCUCCUUCCCAGUCGGGCCGGAGCCCCUGGGCCUGCCUGCGUUCCUGGCCGCGCUCACCGCACAGUGCGCCUCCCUAGAGGAGCUGAAGCUCGCCUUCCGACCCCAGAUGGAUCCCCGGCAGCUCUCCAUGAUGCUGGUGCUGGCACAGUCCAACCCUCAGCUGUUCGCGCUCAUGGGCACGCGGGCGAGCGUCACGGAGGAGCUGGAGCGCGUGGAGCAGCAGUCGCGGCUGCAGCAGCUGAGCGCGGCGCAGCUGCUGAGCAAGAACAGGGCCCACUGGACCGACUGGCUCCAGGAGUACGGAGCCCGGCUGGAGAAGGACAGGGAGGGCGUGAGCGACCAGGACGCCUGGGAGGCCGAGCGCACGCGCAUCAUGCACGCCAACAACCCCAAGUACGUCCUGCGGAACUACAUCGCCCAGAAUGCCAUCGAGGCCGCCGAGAACGGGGACUUCUCAGAGGUGCGGCGGGUGCUGAAGCUUCUGGAAACCCCGUACCACAGGGACGGGGAGCCCACCGAGGCUCCAGGGGCCACUGGGGCAGACAGCGGAGAAAACUCCUACAGCAGCAAGCCCCCACUGUGGGCGGCAGAACUGUGCGUGACGUGAUCCUCGUAAUAGCCUCGGAGGCUCCACACGUGGAGCCCCGAGGCCCCGAGGCCCAGCGAGUCCUUGAGGCGGCGCACACCCCGUGGGCACCCCAGCCCGUCUCUCCAUGACGGCCGAGACGUCCAGUCAGGACCUGACCCGUCUCCGUCUGACGCAGACUCAGCAGCCCAGCCCGCGCUCAGUGCGCUCCCUAUCGAAGCCGCUUUGUGCAAGGACAGGAGGGAAGCGGGCCGGUGGGGGAGGGGCAGAGCAGCCCCAGCCCACCUCCCCGGCCUUGGGCCACUCAACCGCAGGCCACAGCGUGGCUUCUGCCUACUGGGGAGACACGGCCCCCAAAUAAACCAGCAGCUUCUGUGGCGCA